AUAUGUCAUCUAAUUUAUGCAAUAAAUAGCUACAACAUUGGUGACCCCGAUGAAAAAUGACCGAACACGCAGAUGUAUCCAAAGUAACUUUCCGCGCCCCACCAUUUUGGCCCGAAAAAACAGCUCUUUGGUUUUGUCAACUGGAAAGCCAUUUCGUAUUAAGUUGCAUUUCUAAAGAUGAAACAAAGUUUGCUUACGCAGUAUCUCAGUUAGAAGAGAGAUACGCUGCAGAAGUCGAGGACAUCAUCACUAAUCCUCCAGAAAAAGACAAAUAUGACGUACUUAAGAAAAAAUUGAUUCAGAGGCCAAUUUUAGAAGAAGAGAAAAUUCAAAGGUUAUUAGGUCAAGAAGAGCUUGGCGAUUUGAAACCUUUACAAUUUCUCAGACAUUUGCGCAGCCUGGCAGAAGUUGUAGCUGAAUUAGCAGACAAGAUAUAUGAGACUACUCCAUUUGCUCAGAUGACUGGCCUAUUUAAUCAUAACAAUCCAGAUAACCUUGUAGAUAAAACUGUUGUUAAAGAAUCAAUCUUGAGACCAAAUGAUCUUCAAGAAUAUUUCAAGAAACAAAUUACAAAAAAUGCUCAAGAGGAAGUUUUACCAGUUCGUGACGUUGAAGUUUGUUAUAGCGUUGAAAAUAAAAAUGUUACAAGAAAGAAAAUUGUUGAUCAAGAUUUAGAGAGCGAAAUAGAAACUGAAGUUGAAGAAAUAGAACACGAAAUAUCAAGUAGUAGCCACACCGAUGAAUUUCUAACUCUUAAACAUUUAGUAGAAAAUGAACAAGAGGAGUUAAGUCAUGAAAAGGAACUGGAAAACCCUAAUGACGUAAAGGAGGGUAGCUCGGCACUAGUUGAUUAUAAAACAACCAAAAUUACGAGACGGUAUAUUGGAAUUUUCUACAGAAGAAGAUAA